AUGCUCAUCCGCAACAUCGCUGCGUGGGCGGCCCUUUCUCUGGCUGCCGGUGCUGUCGCCGAGCCCCGUCCCUACAAGCCUUCCAAUAUGAAGAUGUCGACCCGUGAUCUGUUUGCCAUCGCCCGCCGCGCCGAAGCCCCUGGCUAUCACCCCGAGACCGCCCAGUGCAACGACGGCAGCACCUGCGCCGAGGCCUGCGGUGCUGGCUACGAGACCUGCGCGUCUACCGAUAAUGCCAUUCACUGCUUCAAUCCAACCGUUGGCGAGGUCUGCUGCCCGAACAAGAAGGGCGACUCCUGCGAGGCCGGCUACUACUGCACGGAGGACGUUCACGGCGAGACCUGGUGCUGCCCGGAGGGCAUGGACCUUGAGACCUGUGCGAAGGAGUACGAGGUCGACGGUGGUUUGAAGUCGCAGACUCCUCCUCCCGCAACCACGACCACCAGCAGCUCGUCGACCUCGACUCAGGCCCCCGAGACCACCACGACCAAAUCCAGCAGCUCGUCCGCCGUGCCGACCGCUAAGAACAGCACGGCAACCGCCACCGCCGACAUCACCUCGACCUUCAAGCCCAGCGUGACAUUCGUGCCCCCGUCGUCGAACGGCACCACCGUUGUGGUGCCCACCACGCCCAACGUCCCCAGCGAGCCGUCGGCCACGUCGACAGAGAUCCCUGAGGGUGCGGCCAGUCUGGUCGGCCCUGCCAGCGGCUUCGCCAUCUUCGCUGCUGCUGUUGUUGCUGCGCUUCUCUGA